CUCUUGCGUUACCGAAUAGCCACGGCCUCGCCUUUCCUUUCCGGUGGCGAAUCGGUGUCGAACCCGAUUCCUCGCCGGUCUCUUGCUGGCCCCCCUAACGCUCAUGCCUCGCUCAUCCCACAGGGACUCAAGAUGACUCUCUGGGGACUUUUACUGAGCCCAGCCUUCCUGAUCUGCAGCGCGGCUGCACUGGGGUGGGAGGACAAAUCAGGACCCCUGGAGGAAAAGACGCUCGAUGUGCCAGAAGGAACCGCAAGACAUUAUCCAAUUUACCAGUUUAGAUCCUCCCACCCCGAGGUGACAUCGUACCAGGUGAGCGGGGACACCAAUGACAAAAUCGCCAUUUCCACCGAUGGCUGGCUCUACCUCGAGAAGCCGCUGGAUUGGGCCGAGAGUCGCCAACACGGUUUGCAGGUCAUUGGUGUGGAGGACUCUGGUGAACCUGUAGAUGGACCGUAUUUGGUAACCAUCAACGUAUUAGACAUCAACAACCAUCAGCCAACAUUCAACCAGACCAACUAUCAUGGAGUGGUUCUGGAACAUUCCACUGCAGGUGUGCCCUUCAUGAGAGUUUUUGCCACCGACCUUGAUGACCCCAACACCCCCAACGCCAGACUGAACUACAGCAUCGUGAGCCAGAUCCCCGACCGCCUCAGAAAGCCUCUUUUCCAGAUCAAUAGCGAAACUGGGGAGAUCUCCACCACUCCAGAGGGAGCGGAGCAUCUGAGAGCCAGACAAGACGUCACGUACGGGCGAGCGGACGACGGGAACGCCGAGGACAGCCUGAAGAAGAAGUUCGACGAGUACUGUGUCCGGAGAGACGCCAUUCCCUACGAGUUAAACCCCUUCUUCACCUGCGUUGAGCGAUCAGAAAUGCACAGGAUGAACCCGUUGGAAGACCCUGACUACACAUUGAUUGUCAAGGCUGAAGACAUGGAAGGGCAGUCUGUGAACUCCUUCAGCGGGAACACCAGGGUCAACAUUGCGGUCAAGCAGAACCUGUGGUUCAUUUCGAGACCGGUCUGGAUCAGGGAGAACGAUGAGGGUCCAUACCCAAUGGAAAUCGCCAAGGUCCAGUCAAACGAAAGAGGAGCCCUGUACUCCCUCUCCCAGAAGGAAAGAUAUCCCACUUUUCCUUUUGAAAUAGAUGAAGAAGGUCGUACAUUUGUCACUCGCGCUCUGGACAGGGAGGAGAAAGAAACGUACGUACUGGUAGUUUUUGCCAAAGACGAGCAAGAUGUCGAACUGGAGAAACCGCUGGAGAUUCAAGUGUUGGUGGUGGACGUGAAUGACAACCCACCUGUGUGUGAGGAGCUGGAGAGCAAGUUUGAGGUUCAGGAAAACGAGGAGAUCGGAAGCCUGAUUGGAGUGCUGAAGGUUUAUGACCUGGAUGAAGUGGAUUCGCCCAACUCCUUGCUCGAGUACUCCUUGGUGAGCCAGGAGCCCCAGAAACCCUCAGCAAACAUGUUCCAAAUCGAUAGCUUCACGGGGAAGAUCCAGCUCACCAGCUCCCAGCUCCGGAGGAAGGACGUGCCACAGUACCACCUCACCGUCAAGGUUUCAGACAACGCAGGAGAUCCCUCAGGUUACAGCACGGAGUGCAAAGUGCUCAUCAGGGUUAUAGACAUCAACAACGAGGUGCCUGUGUUUGAGAAGAACGAUUACGGAAAGGCCUGGAUUGCUGAAGAUACAGAGGUGGGAGCCACCCUGAUCACCGUCCUGGCCACGGAUGCCGAUGACCCCGGGACGGGAAGCUCCAAGGUUCUGUACCACAUCGCAGAGGGGGACCCUGAGGGUACGUUUGCCUUCGAGUCCGACGAAGGCACCGGCGAAGGAAGACUCUACAUCGCCAGGCCUCUAGAUUAUGAAACCAAGUCAUUCUACACGCUCAUCAUCCACGCAAGAAACCCUGAACCCCUGGUGAACGGCAUGGAGUACGACGAGCGCUCCACCACGGUCUUCAUCGUCAACGUCACAGACGUCAACGAGCCCCCGCAGUUCUUCCACGACAUCGUCCAAGUGACCAUUCCGGAAAAUGUCACCAACGGAGAAACUAUCGUAGAGAUGAAGGCUAAAGACCCUGAAGGCAAAGAGAUCAGAUUCAAGCUUGAAGGCGAUGAGAAGAAGUGGCUGGAAAUCGAUGCCGAAAGCGGGGUAAUAAAAUCGAAAGGGAAACUGGACCGGGAGGAAGUGGCCGAGUACAAAGUGCGUGUCACUGCUUAUGAGAAGGAGAACCCCGAACAAGAGACGCAGAGGAACGUGACGAUCCGCUUGUUGGACGUCAACGACAACUCCCCCACGCUGAUGAAGACGCAGAGCUUCGUUUGUGCGAAGAAGCCGCAGCCUGUGCUUCUGCGCGCCGUUGAUGGGGACGCGCCACCCUUUGGGGAGCCGUUCACCUUCUCCUUGUCCAAAAAGGCUGGAGCAAACUGGGAGAUCAGGCAGAUUAAUGGCUCCUCUGCUAAUCUGGUGCUGAAGUCCAUACCCAGAGAAGACAGGACAGUUGGACUCUCCGUCACCGUCAAGGACAGUGCAGGCAUGGGGGUCCCACAGUUGGUUCAGGUGCGCGUGUGUAACUGCACCGAGCUGGGGUACUGCUACAUCGAACCCGAGACCUAUCAGUGGAGGCUCGGCUUGUCGGGCACCUUGGGCAUCUUCGGAGGGAUCCUUGGCUUCAUGGGUCUGAUAAUGUGCUUUUCCGUCUACCGGAUGAAGAACAGAAGAAAGGAGAAGGUGUCAGAAGGGAACGAAAGAGAUGCCAUGCUGCAGACGAUGUGAACGCGCCGGUUCCCGAACCCAGGACCGCUGCGGGAAACAUUCGGUCGUUUUUCUCCCUUAUAGGUACCAGCGCAAUGGAACCUCUUUGCUCUUAUUUCCAUAAUUACAUGUAAAGCUCCAUUUCUAGACAUGAUUUGAAAUGUGAAGCGUCAAUCGCCGAAUCUACACCACAUUAAUUAAUA